AUGUCGACGAAUUCGACGGUCCAUAUUGGUGUGUGGACUAAUUGGUCUGGAGGAAGAGUUGGCGGGUCGACGAUAACUCUUACCAAGGGCGCUGGGAAUGUUCUCAUUGCUGCGCUCGCUAUUUUCAUUCAACUUACUGGUGCGCGAUCAUGGAGCAUAAUAAGUUUCAUAGCACACCAAAUCAGAGCGAGCAGGCAAGCCAAAGACGGCCUAUAUCAUCAGCAGCAAGCAAUUCUGCGCAACAACAACUCCGAUCUAAGUACCAUUUGGCAAUUCACUAGAAUAGGAUGGGCUUGGAGAAGACAGCUAAAGACUUUUCGAAAGUCGGCUAUUUUGUUAUUGACUGCGAAUAUCCAUCUUAUCGCCUUCUUAGCAGCUGGUCUCUUGGCUUCUCACUUCACCAAAGCCAGUAGCGAAGUUCUCUUAGCUCGAAGCUCGAGUUGUGGUCCCUGGCCCAUCAAUGCAACUGGAGUCAACGAAACGACCUUGCCGCACGUCAUUGGCUACAGGAGCUACGCUGCAGAUGCCAUGCAAUCAAGCAAAGAAUACGUGGAAAGUUGCUUAGCCGAGUCGCAAUCUUUACCCGAAUGCGAUAUCUACAAGAACCCGCAAAUACCAUGGACCGAAACGCGGACUGACUGUCCUUUUGCGGAUGGAUUCUGUCUUGGCUCUGCCAAUACUUCGUUGACUAUGACAACUGGUCUUAUUGAUUCUCGCAACGACAAUGGUAUCAAUGGCCCAAACAAAGACCGAGUCCAGUGGAGGAGGACAGCAACUUGCAUACCCAUCAACACGGAAGGGUACGUUGAGAUUGGGUUCAGUAACCGUACCAACAUCAAUGGUCUUGAUGGCGCUGCCACUCUUCCGUUCAACUACACAGCGCUUUAUUACGGAGUUGGCAACACUCCUGCGAUCUACCUUGGGUUUGCAGACCCUAGGUUGACGAAUGCGACGUAUAUUUACACAAAUUUUCGUGAUAUUGCAGGAGAUUACAACGAGAAUCAAGCAGGUUAUGAUAUUAGUACCCAAGAGGCAGAUGGUGGGAUGGGUUGGCAAGCAAUUCCCGAACUUUCUAUCAUGAACAGCUCGACACUAUUGGUAUUUGCGUCAUUUUACGGUGCAUACAUCAACCGCAGCGAAGACCUCUGGCUCUCAGCACAAUUCAGGAAUAUAACCACAGUCGAGGUAACCUCAGGACAAGCUUCCACCACCAUACAACAAUACCAGCUCGACAACCCUAUCUCACCCCUAGGUUGCACGGAACAAAUCCAGUUCUGCAAUCCAGCCGCUGGACCCAACCACUGUACACCCUAUCUCUCUGCAGGUCAAAUGACUUUUGCUCAACCCGAUAUCUUUGUACAGCUCUUCAAGAACAACACGCGCCAGAUCGCAACUGCAAACAGUAUCUUCACCGCAGCUUCGAACUCCAGGAUCGCUGCCGUGGUCGGAGAGCUUGAAAAGCCGUUGCUGGCUGAAAGUAUGAUGUCGGGCAUGACUUCUUUGCCUCUGAGCGCCGAUCAGUGGAUCAGCGAAGUGAGAAACUGGUUCAAUAUCGGUCUCGCAAAUACUCAACGUCGAAUCGUCGACUAUGCUACUGGUCCGGCACCACAAUACACGCAAUUCGUGCCUCAAAAUCAAGCAUAUAAGGAUUCGGCGUUAGCGUGGCUAUGUGAUAGUCAAGUAAUUCAGCGAAAUGACUUCACGAACUUCAGAACCUGGGUUGUUGGUCUUGUUUUCGGCUUCGGUGCCAUUAUCAUUGGUCUUAGUCUUUGUCUUGAGACUAUCACGGGGAGAUUACGCGCUAGACGCCAUAGAGGAGAGUGGAGGCAACGUGCUUGGUGGUCUGAAGAGACGUUACAGAUGCAAAGGAGGGUGUAUCAGGCGAUUGGUAUCUCGGGCUGGGAUAUUGGUGAAGAUGGCAUGGUGCCGACUACUUUUGGAGAGAAAAAGUGGAUGUCGAUUUCUGCUUGGGAGGAGAAUGUCCCUACGUAUCCAGAGGAGAAGAGACGCGGGGCUGCUACUGGAGAUGCGCCUUCGAUUAGGGGAGUGGGUAAGGGUGAUGUUGUGACGAAAUUAGUGUCUGUAACCCCUACAAGUCCUAUCGCAAGCGACAGCGGCAGUAGUAUUAGGAGGACCAGAUCUAAUUCUGUUUAG